GCCAAGCGUCCAGGUGCUACAUACCUGAGCCUGAGCCGAGACAUCUCUCUUCAUCACUAGCGGAAAUGCGUGCCUUCAUUGUUUCCUGCCUUCUGGGCCUGGCUGUGGCCGUGCCCCAAGGGUACAACUACCAGGCGCAGCAGCAAACCCAACUGUCGCAGGCUGGUGCUGGUCUGCUGCAGUUGCCCGCCAUUCCCCAGAUCGCCACCAUCGCGGAGCAGAACCUCCUUCAGCAGGCGCUGCAGACCCCCAGAGUGCAUCAGGUGUUGUCUGGAGGCUACACAUCGGCGCCCCAGCAGAUCCAGGCUCCGCUCUACCAGCAGCAACAGCAGCAGUCCGUCCUGCCACAGCAAACGCAGCUGAAUGGAAACUUUGCGUACAACCAGCUGCCCCAUCAGCAACAGUAUCAGCAACCACAGCAACAGUAUCAGCAGCAGCAGCAACAGCAACAGCAACAUCUUGUCUCUAAGGAUAUCUAUGUUCAUGUGCCGCCCGCAGAGGAUCCCGAGGAGCACUAUCCACAGCCCGCCCUGCCGGUUGCGCCACCACGCAAGCACUACCGCAUCGUUUUCAUCAAGGCGCCAACGCCGAGUGUCAGCAAGGCUGCACUGCGCAUAAAGCAGGCCCCAGUGGAGGAGAAGACCAUCAUCUAUGUGCUGACCAAGAAGCCCGAUCCUCUGGACCUGCAGACUGCCCUGGAGGAGGUCGCGCCCAAGCAGCCCAGCAAGCCAGAGGUGUUCUUCAUCAAGUACAAGACCCAGGAGGAAGCUGCGCAUGCGCAGCGCACCAUCCAAGCUCAAUACGACCAGCUGGGUGGAACUUCGCAGGUGUCGGACGAAGGAGUGGCGCCAGUCACGUCGGUGAUUGGAGUUCUGGAUAGUCAGCGUACCAGAGGGGCACCGGCACCUAUCGGGGGGCUGUCGGGCGUCGUGCCCAACAGAUAUUUGCCCGCCCACCUGCGCGCAUAGGAAUAGGCAAACGUAAUUUAA